CUCUUAUCUCGCGAUUGCCCAGGCUCAGCGAAGCCCCGAGCCCUCGGCGCACGUGGGAACGUCCUGGGAACAGACCCAGGCAGCUCCCACUGGGCGCCUCCCUUGCGUAACCCAAGCCCGGAGUCCUGGCCAAAGCGCGCGGCGCCUUUAAAGCGCAGCCACGAGGGAGGCGUGUUGGAGGCAGCUCCGGCUGGCUGGCCCUGCGCUCGGCGGCCUUAAAGGGGACUCGCGCCUUGGCUGGCAAAGUGAAGUCCCAGGCCGGCGGGGGGGGAAGAGCCUCUGGCUGUGGCCGUGGUCCUGCAAGCGGUCGGGGACUCCGGCCGAGAGGCGGGGCGACCCUCCCCAGCGGGAGGAGCCUCUUUCGAACCCGGCUCCCGGGAAAUGCCCAGCGGCGGGCUGGAUCCCCUGCCUUAGGAUCGGGAGCGCUUGAGUGCGCGCGUCCGACGCCAGGCCAGCCUGCUCCGGGGGACGCCGAUGAUGUACACCAUAACCAAGGGCCCGAGCAAGCUAGCCACGCAGAGGAGGACAGGUCCCACGCAGCAGGUGGAGAGCAAACUGGUCGAUCUGAAAUGCCGGCGGCAGCAGCACCAGCACCACCAGCAGCACCACCAGCAGCCGGAGCUCAGCUCGUGGCCCCUGGCAAGCCCACUCCCCAAGCUUGUGUUCAACAGGGUCAAUGGAAAGAGACCCCCAUUGAUGAUCUCACCCCCCACAACCACAGAGGAAAACUACACUGUAGCUCACGAAGAAAAUGUCCGGUUUGUGUACGAAGCCUGGCAACAAGUGGAAGAGCAGCUGCACAGUCCAGAGCAGGGAGAAGGUGGAUCUGGUCCAAUACAAUACACAGAGAAGACGCCCAGUCUGGAACUGAAAGAUUUUGUCCCCAUUGACCUUGAAGAUUGGUGGGCUCAACAGUUCCUGGCCAAAAUCAAGAAUGGCUCUUAAGGAAGACACGAGCGGCCGCUUUACAAGAGAAAUCUUCCAAUUCGCUCUUAAGAAAACGCAGGCGCAUCGGAGUGCAGCGAGAACUGGACAAAUAAAGGGGGAGGGGGCCGACCUGCCGCUCAGCUGGCCUUGGAAAUGCUGAGAGGCUCCAUUGCCCGGAAGAAGGCUGCAGACCAUACAUUGUGAGGAUGCCAGGAUGCCCAGAGAGGGGGGCACAAGGGGGGGGCAUUCUUCUCCUCCCUUGGGCCUGGCACCCAGCACCAAGUCCAUUUUGGUCCCGGAGUCUAGACUGUGUUCACAAUAAACACACUGAUCCUGUCAGUGGUACAAAUGCA